UAUUAUGUAAACACAGAACUAGUUGCUUCAAAAUUCAUGUUAGAGUCAAAAUUGCAGCUCAGGCUAUAAAUUAGUUUUUGGCAGAUAUUGGCGAUGUAUCUGAAGCCUGGCCGCUUGGGACCCGCUAUAGUGAUGAAGAGUUUAACAACCAUCGACAUUACCCGAAGAUCGCUACAAAUUACCAAAGCUCUCAGCGCCACAAAGGAUAGGUCGGCCAAUCUUAAAGUGGAAAGCUUUGCCAAUGGCAGCAAUGCCAGCUAUAUUGAGCGGCUGUAUCGCAAAUGGUCCAAGGAUCCAAAUUCCGUGGAUGAGAGCUGGCACAAUUAUUUCACGGGCAAGCGACGCACGAUUAAGCAGGACAGACAGCUGAAGACCAAGCACCGGAAAUGGGAGCCCACUGCAGUUGGAACGGGAGGCUCGACUACAACGCCUGCUCCGGCAGCCGACUGGAAGUACAUUGAUGAUCACCUGGUGGUGCAGGCCAUCAUCCGGGCGUAUCAAACACGUGGCCAUCUAGCUGCUGAUCUCGAUCCAUUGGGCAUUGUCGGACCCACGGGCCAUACACCAUCUACCGAGGACAGGAAGCUGCAGGCAACCAAGGCGGUGCUGCGACAGCACUACUCUUAUGCAUUCAACGAUUUGAAUGCACUGUUUAAGCUGCCAACGACUACGUUAAUUGGUGGCGACGAACAGUUCCUCCCGCUUAGAGAAAUUUUAGAUCGUCUGGAGCGUGCAUAUUGUGGCCAUAUCGGAGUCGAAUAUAUGAUGAUAACAUCAAUUCUGAAAAGCACCUGGAUACGGCAGCACUUUGAGGUGCCUGGCGCUAUCAAUUUCAGUGCAGAGGAGAAGAAACUCAUACUUGAGCGUCUGACACGCUCGUCGGGCUUUGAGAAUUUUUUGGCCAAGAAAUACUCGUCGGAGAAGCGCUUUGGACUGGAGGGCUGCGACAUUAUGAUACCCAUUAUGAAGGAGAUAAUCGAUCAGUCGAGCAAACUGGGCGUCGAGUCGGUGCACAUUGGCAUGGCGCAUCGGGGCCGUCUGAAUGUGCUGGCCAAUGUUUGUCGCAAGCCAUUGGAUGAGCUACUGUCACAGUUCAACAGCAUUAAGGCCACAGACAGGGGCUCCGGUGAUGUCAAAUAUCAUUUGGGAUUAUUCACAAAGCGUUACAAUCGGCAAUCGAAGAAGGAUGUGCGCAUCACAGUUGUGGCCAAUCCAUCGCAUCUGGAGUUCGUCAAUCCUGUUGUGCUCGGCAAGGCACGGGCAGAGAUGUUCAUGCGCGGCGACUAUCAGGGCAACAAGGUGCUGCCCGUGUUGAUACAUGGAGACGCCUCGUUCUGUGGCCAAGGUGUUGUCUACGAGUCCAUCCAUUUGACGGAUCUGCCAGCAUAUACCACCUAUGGCACGAUUCAUGUGGUCGUCAACAAUCAGGUGGGCUUCACCACAGAUCCACGAUUCUCACGCUCCUCCCGCUACUGCACGGAUGUGGCGCGAGUUGUGAACGCGCCCAUCUUCCAUGUGAACGCCGAUGAUCCGGAGGCGUGUGUGCAUUGCGCCCGCGUUGCAGCCAAAUGGCGUGCGAAAUACCACAGGGAUGUUGUCAUCGAUAUCGUUGGCUAUCGCCGCAACGGCCACAACGAAGCGGACGAGCCCGCCUUCACCCAGCCGCUGAUGUACCAGCGCAUACGCAAUCUGAAACCCUGCACAGUUAAGUAUGCGGAGAAGCUGGUCCACGACGGUGUCAUCAAAAUGGAGGAGUAUACGGAGAUGACCGCGAAAUACGAGAAGAUAUGCAACGAAGCCUUUGAAAAGUCGCAGAAAAUCAAAACAUUUAAGAACUCGCAAUGGAUCGAUUCGCCCUGGUCGGGCUAUUUCCAAGGUCGUAAUCGCCUCAAGAUGUGUCCAACUGGAGUCAAUCUCAAGACUCUAAUGUACAUUGGCAACAAGUUCGCCUCGCCGCCGCCCACCGAGAAUAAGUUCACAGUGCACAAAGGAAUCAUGCGUAUUUUGGGUAUACGCAAAAAAAUGGUGGAGGAUAAAAUAGCGGAUUGGUCAUUGGGUGAGGCCUUUGCCAUUGGUACUUUGGUCAAGGAUGGCAUACAUGUCCGCAUAUCUGGGCAGGAUGUGGAGCGCGGCACGUUCUCGCAUCGACAUCAUGUGCUGCACGAUCAGACGAAGGACAAAGUCAGAUACAAUUCACUGCAGCAUCUCUAUCCUGAUCAGGCGCCAUAUGAUGUGUGCAACAGUUCGUUGUCCGAGUGCGCCGUCAUGGGAUUCGAUCUGGGCUACUCGAUGGCCAAUCCCAAUACGCUGGUCAUCUGGGAGGCGCAAUUUGGUGAUUUCGCCAAUACGGCCCAAGCGAUCAUCGAUCAGUUUGUAGCCAGCGGCGAGACCAAAUGGGUACGACAAUCUGGUCUAGUUUUAUUCCUACCGCACAGCAUGGAGGGCAUGGGACCAGAGCACUCAUCUGGUCGCAUCGAACGUUUCCUACAGUUGAGCAACGAUGAUCCCGAUUGUUUUCCGGUUAUGUGUGAUUCCGACUAUGUUGCUCGUCAGUUGCUCAACUGCAAUUGGAUUGUGACCAACUUGACGACGCCGGCGAAUCUCUUUCACGCCAUGCGCCGGCAGGUGGGCAUGUCCUUUCGCAAGCCCCUGAUAAAUUUCUCGCCUAAAUCUCUGCUGCGCCAUCCGCUGGCGCGUAGCCCGUUCCGUGACUUCAACGAGUGCAGCUCCUUCCAGCGGAUCAUACCCGACAAGGGCAAGGCAUCCCACAAUCCCGAGUGUGUCGAACAGCUGAUCCUUUGCAGCGGCAAGGUAUAUUAUGAUCUGGUCAAGGAGCGUGACGAUCACGACCAGGAGGCGACCACGGCCAUAGUCCGCGUAGAGCAGAUCUGUCCCUUUCCAUACGAUUUGAUCUACAAACAACUUGAGCUAUAUCCAAAGGCGGAUCUUUUCUGGGUACAGGAAGAGCAUAAGAAUCAGGGUGCCUGGACCUAUGUCCAGCCGCGCUUAGAUACGGUGCUUAUCGAGCUGAAGGCCAAUGACCGCUGUUUCCUUUAUCGCGGACGUGCACCAAACUCGGCUUCGUCCACGGGCAACAAGAUACAGCAUAUAACCGAGUAUAAUGAUCUUAUUACGAGCAUCUUCGGCGAGCUUACUGAAGAGAACAAAUGCCGCAUGGAGGAGAAGAAGAAAGCGGCAAAAUCAAAAGCGUUGAAAGAAAGUGAAGCUAAAUUGGCUAAAGAGAAAUUGGCCAAAAUGAAAGAAGAAGGUAAAGAUCCUAAGGGAGCCGGUCCAGCUGGUUCCGCGCCGCCAGCUAAGCCGCAACGUAAGCCAACAGAUAGCGCAUCUCCAGGUGAGGGUCCAUCGCCAGCAGCGCCAGCAGCGUCAGCAUCGCCAGGACGUAAAUCUGCUCCGAGCGCACCAACAAACCAACCAAGUAAAGCUAGGAAACAAAAUGUUCCGCAAGCGCCAGCGAAACAAGAGAGUCAAACACCUAAAAGAGCUGAUACUCCAAAUCCGAACAGUAGCAAAGAAGAAAAUACACCCGUUAGAAAACAACAUAGCCCAACCCCUGCCACUGAUCCCAACCGGACGAAAACUGAGGAGAAACCCUCUUCAGAAGAUCCCAACGAUUUUUGGUAGUUUCGAAACCAUACGAACAAAAUUACAAUUUUACUUAUUUGUUAUUUAAACUAAUUCAGUUUUGAAUUAUAGCAAAAUUCGUACCUAAAA